AGUGUCUAGUUCACCAGUUAAGUUAUUUGACAAAGUGUUCAGGUAGAGGAAACCUUUACAGCUGCAAUGGCAGCCCCAUCUACAGACCGCCCAGUGACAAUAACUGUGGGUGCCAUAUUAAGACUUCAAGUGAAACCCCCACUAGCCAGACCCCCAAGGCUAUCGGUUGCAGUCACAGUGCAAUGUGUGGUCAUAACUCUGGCACGAGUCAUCUUUGGUGUUGUUUAUUUCAAGGACUGCCCUCAGCAACCUAACAUUCCCAACUACCUGUUAGGGUUGGCUUUGAUGACGCUGCUGAAGAUACCGUAUAUGACCCUUCCCUGUGAGAGCGAUGCAGCUCAGCCACAGGAGCAUCCCAAAGCUUUCAAAGCCUGUCUGCUGUGCUUAUUAAACCUGUUUUUCUGCACAUGGAUCCUGGCAGGUGACGUGUGGGUUUUCUCAGUCUAUCAGCCCAACUAUGAUCCUGCAGCUGCUGAUGGUGUUUACUGUGAUAAGGCCCUGUAUACAUUUGCUUUCUGGAAUGCAGUGUGGGAGACCUUUCUGAUUUUCGUCCUCCUGGCCAGACUCUGCAAAGGGCUGCUGUGUUGUGUGAUGAUGAGUCCUGCAACAACAAACAGAGACUUUUAUGGGAAUGUAUGAGACAUGGAUGGAUGGAUCUAAGGUUUAAAUAAUUAUUUGUGUACAUAAAUAUAUUUCACUUUGCACAUUAAAUAGGACUUUACAGGGAUUUUAUCAUAAUUUGUGCAGUGGGACAUUUAGUAUGAAAGAAUGUGUUGUUGUUUUUUACGUAGGGCUAAAAAUAACAAUUAUUUCCAUUAUCGAUUAAUCUGGAAAUUAUUUUCUCAAUUAAUUAAAUAUUGGUUGCUCUGUAAAAUAAAAAAUCCCAUUGAAAUUUCCAACAGGCAAAGGUUAUGUCAUUAAACUGCUUGUUUUGUCCUAUCAACUCAGUUUAAUAUGACAUAAGAUAAAGAAAAGCAUAAAGGCUGGAACAAGGGCAUAACUGGCAUUAGGCUAUUGCUUGAAAAUGACUCAAUCAAUUAUCAAAAUAGUUGCCAAUUAUUCUUCUAUAAAUUCAUUGACUUAUCAUUUAAAUUGUUUCCCAAUUGGUUAUUGCUAUGGUUCUUUGGCAUAUGCUAUGGUUUAAUUUGUUUUCUACAAAUUGUCAAUUGUCAAUUGUUGUAAGACUUACUAAUUAUCGGCUAUGUAGUAGUUAUAUGCUAUGUCUUGUUUAUUUUAUGUAGCUAGCUAAUAUUAGUUUCUGCUGGAAUGUCAGUUUUAAAUAAAGGUUAUUUGAUUUUGGUUGAAGUUUAUUAAUUCGGGCUUUGGGGUGGUUUUGUCAUGUUACCGUUCGUUCAACAUUACUUUAUCUCGCGAGAA